AUGUUAGGCAUUCUGGGUAAAGGCCCCUACAGGCUGGUGACCUACAGGGAGAGAGACACGGUGCUGGCAGCCAACAGGUCCAGUGGGACAGUGUUCCCUAAGAAAGGAGACCCUACUGUGGCUGGUUUCCUGUCCCUCUUCAUGAUGACCCCUGGGCUCAGCAGAGCACGUCCACAUGACACGUCCCUGGUGUCAUUCGAGGCGUCCGAUCGGCCCAACUACUUCCUGGCGGUGGACAGCAGCGGCCAUCUUACGCUGACCAAGUGGGAGGAGAGCGAAGCAUUCUGGGACGCGGCUACCUUCACGCUGCACCGUGACACCUGGAUCCAGGGUUAUGAUUCUCUGGAGGCUUUCGCCAAGCCGGGAUUCUUCCUCCACUACAUGCUGUCCUGGGUUCACCUCAUGAAGUACAAACACACUGACGGAUUCCGCAAAGCCACGCUCUUCAAACUGACAGGCCCUGGUCCAGACACCCCUACGGGUCCUAAGUGCCAGUGGAGGUAUGAGUCGUGUGUCAGCCCCUGCUUCAGGACCUGCAGUGACCCCUCGGGGGGGGCAUGUGGCACCGUUCCAAAAGUGGAGGGAUGUCUGCCUCUGUGUCCUGGUCACAUGGUGCUGGAUGAGGUCACUCAGAGAUGUGUCCAUGUUGAAGACUGCAUUAAGCCACCAGUUGCUGUGCAGCCCAUUACUACUGUCAGCAGUGUUGAGUCAACACCCGCAGCUGUCACUCCUUCAGCCACCACAACCUCCACUACCAGCAGCCCAGCUAGCCCUGGCCUCUCCACGGCACGCUCCACCCCGGGUCCCCCUGGGCCCCUCACCACCCCCUCUUCAGACACAGUCCCCACCACUGCAGCCACCACCACCAUUCCUAUUGUCUCAACUUCUGCUUUGGAUGCUCUGACCACCUCUGCUAAAGUACCGACCACAGUGACUCAUAAGGUGGUUCUGCCCAGCACCUCUUCAGCCGUACCGACUCCAGAGGGAACCAGUGCAGCAGCAACACCCUCAACUCCAUCCCUGGCCACCACAGUCAGACCUGAGGUGGUGGAGGUUGUAUCUACAGUGAAGACAUCUCCAUCCUUACCCUCCACUACAGAAGGCAGUACAGAGAGGACGACCAGGGCCCCCAGCUCCACACCCAGCCCCCUAGGCCCCAGCACAGAGAGGACCAGCCAGGUCCCCUUCUCUAUGACAGCUCUGUUCUGGCUCACGUCCUCCACCACCAGGCCCUCUCUAAGCCCAGGGCCUACAGACACCACAUUCACCAGCCCCCCUCCAUCCACUACCAUGGGCCCCUGGAUAAGCUCCACCGUGGGGCCUACUCAGACCAGCACCCUGCCUGCAGUACCAGUCACCCCCACGAGUGUGACCACCAAGGCCACCACACGUCCAGGAGACACAGUGGCUCCAGUCUCAACCACCUCUAGUCCACGGCCAACCACAGUCUCAGAGACACCCAGGGACACAGCUUGGACUACAACUAGGACUACAACUAGGACUACAACCAGGACUACAGCCAUGACUACAGCUUCUAUAACCACCCUUGGUGCACCCACAGAGACAAGCACAAAGCCUGUAACUGUGGAGACAACCGAGCCAACAACAACCAAAGUCCUCCCUCCUGGUGUAUCGACUACAGCCGAUACCACAGUACCCUCUCUCUCACCGACCUCCCCCAUUCACACCGUAAUAACAACACCACCACCACCAGAACCCACUUCAAAACACAGCACAGUAUCAACCUCACCUGCCACCCCUUUCACAACCCUCAGAACUACACCGUCCACACGCCCGGAGACAACACCACCACUUGUUUUCACGGCAACCACAGAGAAGACCGUUCACGCCUCCCCUACAGAGCUGAGGACAUCCACAACUCCAGUUCCUGAGCUACCGACUACCACCGCUGUUCCCAUGAUGCCAACGACAACAACAAUAUCAACCGGUCCUACCUCAGAACAGCCGGCGACAAUCAAGAAAACGACGAGAGCACCGGUCUCAACGGCAACAGCGGAACCCUUGGCAACGACCCAUAUAACCAUGACACCGGCUGUUGUCACACCUGUGAUUGUCAUAGACACGGUAACAACAUCUCGACUGACAACAACAGCUACGGCCUACACUGAAAGGACCUCCUGGUCUGGCGGUGUUCCAACCACAGAGAGAACCACAGAACACACAACCACAACCGCAUACCCGACCGAAGCUGUGGACUGGAGACUGACCACUACUACCGGUCCCCCGACCGUACGGACCACAACAACUCAACCCAUCCCAAUGGAAAUCUCCAGCACGACCACCAAACCUCCAGAUCUUCUGGUAACGACCACAGAGUCCAUCCAGACCACCUUCACCUCUCCUUCCAUCUCGACCACAACAGAAGCAGUGGUCCCAACCACAACCACAUCGCCUGUAUCACCGGUGUCAUACACAGAGACCACCACAACCGUGCCAGGACCACCAGUGGCUGUAGGGACCGUAACAACCCAGCCCCCCACCACUCUGAAGACCACGGAGCCUUGGAGGCCCCCCCACAGUGAAACCUCCUCCACUCCUUCUAGCCCUAUCUCUAGCACAGAGAGGGUGAUCACACCUGAGGUCCUAGUGAAACCUGCGGUCAGUACAGAAGUAGAGGUCUCUCCACACCAAGUCAUCUCCACUACCACCACUGAUGCACUUCACCACGUUGCUACAUCUACAGCGCCAGGCGUCACCACCACAACCUCAGUUACCAUGACGACCACUGCCAAAACCACCACAGCUCCGCUCGAGACUUCAACCGGCGCAGUUUCAACCUCCAGGACGGAGAAACCUCCUGCGACACCCGAAUCCCCGGCCGUGCCUGGUGUACCUGGGGAACCAGCAUUAUCUCUCACCACAACGGUCCCCACAACAACUGUCCCACCUUUACCUGGUGUCCAUACGACCACCAUCACACCUGUACCUGGUGUCCCAGUGACCACUGUCCCACCUUUACCUGGUGUCCAUACGACCACCAUCACACCUGUACCUGGUGUCCAUACGACCACCUUCACACCUUUACCUGGUGUCCAUAUGACCACCAUCACACCUGUACCUGGUGUCCCAGUGGCCACUGUCCCACCUUUACCUGGUGUCCAUACGACCACCAUCACACCUGAACCUGGUGUCCAUACGACCACCAUCACACCUGUACCUGGUGUCCCAGUGACCACUGCCAUCAGACCAGUGACCAUCAGACCGCAAACAGAGACCACUAGCGUUCCUCCCGAUACAGGAAGGGUGGAAGUAUUGUCUACUACUUCCACAACAACUACACAAGAACCAACUUCUUCAUGGUCUGGUCCAGUAACCACAACCAGCUCCUUGCCCUCCACCACGUCAGUUCCCAGACCCACUAGCCACCCAGAGAGAGUCACUACCAGAGUGGUUUCUACUUCUAAAGUGGUCUCCAAGACCACCCACAGACCAAUGACAACAACACGCAGGACAACAACAGGCAAGGUUCCCAUUACGACGUCCAGAACUGCCACAACGGUGAGGUCCACCGCCAGACCGAGCACUGUUAGGGCAACUGUAGAUACAAGGACUCUGGGAGUUCCAGGGGUUCCGACAGCGACGACCAGACCUGGUCCACCUACGGUCGCUCCUCCUAGCCUGGGCACAGCUACCGUCUCAGAGGUUGUUCCAACCACGACCAAACCAGUCACCACAACCAGAACCACAGAAUAUGCAGCAGAAGUUAGCAGCUCCGCUGCUCCGACCGGCACUGGCACAACCACAUCCGCUUCUGUUUCCGUUCCCAGCCUGACCACGGUCACAGAAUCUACCACCGUCCCCACAGAACCCACAGGACCUACGGGAGCGACCGCAGAACCAUCCACAUCCACCGCUACUACACCAGAAGGAAUAGUACCAUCCAUCACUAGAGAGACAGGGGUUAUUCCAGCAUUCACAGAGAGCACAACCAGAAUGACUCCUUCGCCUGACCUGCUGACCUCUACUGAGGUCGCAGCCACUCCAGGGGUCACACCAAAGGUCACGCCAAAGGUCACACCAGAUGUGACAGCAGCUCUCUCAGUCCCCGCCUUGUCCCCCACGGCCACCCCAACCUCCACUACAGAGCCAGAGAGGGUGGACGGAGUAGACACCACUACACCAAAGACUCCAUCACCAUCACCCGCGUCGCCGUACACCACAUCAGAGACAACCACGUCACCAUCGGUAGUAUCGCCAUAUACCACGACAGAACGUGUUGGACCUACUGCAGAGGUUACUACAUCCAUGGCAGUGUCCUCAACUAGGAUGUGUACUCCUCCCUAUUCAGAGAUCAUAGAUGAGUGUACCAAGUUCCUCUGUGUGAGCGGCCAGCUGGUCCGAUUCAACAUGUCCCAGAACUGUCUGUAUAACUCCACCCCUCCUAACUGCGGCCUGCUCGGCUUCGCCAUCCUGGUCAACGGGGACAAGUGCUGCCCGCAGUGGGACUGCCCAUGUCGCUGCUCAGUGUUCCCCGACCUGAACGUGAUCACGUUUGAUGGUAACAGCGUGGCCAUCUACAAGGCUACCUCCUACAUUGUGACCCAGCUGCCCAGCGAGACCGUCAGCAUCGUGGUCCAGGAAUGCCCGGCUGACUCAGACACGCUGUAUGUGAACUCGAGGUACGCCACCCCGAGGUUCAAAAAGUUUGGCUUUGAGAUCCUGGACACCGGCAACAUGUAUUUGAUCCGUACACCAGCGGGCCUGAAGCUGCAGUGGUUCCACAGCACGGGCAUGUUGGUCAUCGAGACAGAGAGCUACAACAGCAAACUGCCCACCAUGGGCCUCUGUGGCUGCUGUGAUGGUAACCCGGCCAACGACCUGAUGCUGUCCAAUGGGACGACAGUAGGGGAGAGCGAGGACCCAGCGUUGUUCAUCGACAGCUGGCAGGUCCCCAACACCACUAGUUACUUCAGCCACAGCCGGCGCAGAGAAGUCAACUGUUCCACCAGCGACUGUUCCCAGUGUAUGACCAUGCUCCGAAACACCUCCUUCAGCCCCUGCCAUGCUUUUGUUCCUCCCAGUACGUUCUGUGAGGUGUGGGUACGUGAUGCGGAGUACGUCAACAACCCGUGUGUAGCGCUGGCUGCCUACGUGGCGUCUUGUCACAAGUUCAACGUCUGCAUGGAGUGGAGGAGCCCAGACUACUGUCCCUUCAUGUGUCCAGACCAGCUGCGUUACCAGGCCUGUCUGCCUACCUGUACAGCCCAGUCCUGCUCCAACCAUGACUUUGACCACGACCCUGAGCAGUGUACAGGCCUGACAGAGGGAUGUGUCUGUCCUGAGGGCACUCUGCUCCAUCGACCCUACUCUGCCCUCUGCAUCCCCCCUGAGAAGUGUGCCUGUACGGACAGUUCGGGUGUACCCCGUGCUCCUGGCGAGGUGUGGAAGGCGUCUAAAGAUGGCUGCUGUAUGUAUCUCUGUGACAACGACAGUAUCGUUCCCGUGGAGUAUAACUGUUCUGCCGUGCCUCAGCCGCUCUGCCGCAGGGCCGGGGAAGUGGUCAUCAGUCUGGCAGAUGACACCUCCUGCUGCCCACAGAAAGCCUGCGUUUGUAACCAGACCCUGUGUGACAUCUUCCCCCCGGAGUGUCAGUAUGGAGAGAAGCUGGUGUCUUAUUUCAGAGAGGACUCCUGCUGUCCAGACUACGUCUGUGAGUGUGACCCAGAGCGCUGUGAGUCAGACGUCCCAGCCUGUAGAGAGGACCAGACCCUCAUCGCCACCAGGGCUGAUGGCAGCUGCUGCCUGGCACACAUCUGUAUGUGUGGUUCCUGUUUGGAGGUGGUUCCAAACUGCCAGGAUGGAGAGGUGUUGACGGUGGACACCAACAGUACAGACCUUUGCUGUCCUGUCUACCACUGUGUGUGUGAGCCGUACCGGUGUGCUGAGUUGUCAUGUCCCUCGGGGAUGUCUGCUGUCUCCGUGUCCCCUCCAGACCACUGCUGUCCCCUGCACACCUGCGAGUGUGCGUGUGACAAACUGCCGAAGCCAAAAUGUGUUCUGGGAGAGACCAUGCAGGUGGACAGGGCUUUCCUAGCAGACCCAUCUAACCAGUGUUCCUGUAAGAGAUUUAACUGCGUGCGUGAGGCGGUGUGUGUGGAUGGGGAGUGGGGUGUUAUGCGUCCGGGACAGACCCUGAUGGAUCACAGUGAGGAGGGGGUGUGUCUCACCACCCAGUGUAGCCACAGUCUGGAUCCCACCACGGGCUUCCACCACCUCCGCACCACCACCACCAACUGCUCUGCUCAGUGCCAACCGAACCAGAUAUACAUCCCUCCCAAAGACCAGACGAUGUGCUGUGGUGUCUGUAAGAACAUCUCCUGUCUCUACCACAAUGACAACGGUACUGCACUCCUCUACAAGCCUGGGAAGUCAUGGGUGUCAGACUGUAUGAAGUAUGACUGUACCGACACACUGUCAGGCCCUACGCUGGUGUCCUACUCAUUCAGCUGUCCACCCUUCAACCAGACAGAGUGUAUGAAGAUUGGUGGAACCAUUGUAAGUUACAUGGAUGGAUGCUGCAAGACAUGUAAAGAAGAUGGGAAGUCCUGUCAGAAGGUGACAGUAAGGAUGACGAUACGGAAGAACGACUGUCGCAGUAACAGACCGGUCAACAUAGUGUCAUGUGACGGGAAGUGUCCGUCGGCCAGUAUUUACAACUACAACAUCAACACGUACGCCAGGUUCUGUAAGUGCUGCCGUGAGAUGGGGCUACAGAGGCGCUCUGUGCAGCUCUACUGUAGUGGCAACUCCACGUGGGUCAACUACUCUAUACAGGAACCCACCGACUGCUCCUGCCAGUGGUCUUAGUGGUCACACAGAGACACACACAUGACCGUAUGCACACAUGAACGUAUUCACACAUGACCGUAUGCACACAUGAACGUAUGCACACAUGACCGUAUGCACACAUGAACGUAUUCACACAGGUGUACACACAUUAAGUAUACGCACACAGGGAUGUGUAUGAACACAGCACAUGAUGGUAUUUAUACAGGCUGAGAGGAGGAGCUAUGAAUGGCUGUCAUCCUACCUAACAAAAAGGCACCGUUAAACAUCAUAUAUGUUGUUGUUUUUUUGUUUGUCUUGAUUUAAAUUCUGCAUUUCUAUCUAUGAGAGUCAGUCUAGAUGUCAGAUAAACUUGUGUAUCCAGAGCUGGUUAGUUUCGGUUGGAAAUGGUGUAUUUCACAGUUUAUUACUCUUCAUAUACCUCAUAGCUCUUUCAGAGGUGUGGUCAAGUCCAUAAAAAGCCACAACAAUUUGAAACAUUAUUUGAGUGUGUUUUCUUUGACACUAAGAAUUCACAGCUUUAAUACUGUAGCCUAAUUCAACUCCAAAGUGUAUUGUACUACACAUACACUACCGUUCAAAAGUUUGGGGUCACUUAGAAAUGUCCUUGUUUUUGAAAGAAAAGAAAAAAAAAUAUCCAUUAAAUAACAUCAAAUUGAUCAGCUGAUACACAAU